UCCACCAGCUCACAUCCCUCUUUCAGGGCCUACGGCUUGGACACCCCAGGACUGGCCAGACUGGCCUGUGUGUGCCUCCCAUGAACAAAGACGUCCCAGAGGUGUUCCUCACAGGUGGAGACCUGGUGCCCCAAGGCCACACUCGCCGCUGCCUGUCUGUGGUUGAGUCCAGAGAGCAGCUGGGGGAGAACGAAGAAGAGGAGGAGGAGGGAGAAAAGAAGGAGGGAGACGGCUUCCACGCUGUACCCCUCCGAAGGUCGAGGGCUUUCCGUGCCCACAGUCACAACUACGACCCCUUCAAAAGACAUAGUUGGGGGCCGGGCAAGGAGCUCCAGGAUCCACCGAGCAGGAACAAACUGCAGGCAUCGGGAUGUGUGGGCUCCCGGGAGGCCCCCUUACUGCAGAGCCAAGAGGAACUGGACCCCUUUCUGGAACUGCAGCACCAAGGUGGCCAACCCUCCUGCAUGGACCAUUCAGACUUUCUAUUUCUUCUAGAUUCAGUUUUGGGUCAGCGUUCUUGUCACCCAUCUGCUGGCCUUUUGGACCACUCAGCCACUGGCAUGCUUUCCAAGUCUGUAUCCAUGAGUGGCAUCAAUUACUUCUUGGGCUGCUCAGAUCCAGCUGGGAAUUUGUCCCAGUCCUCUGCCGCUGACCUCAGCCAAAGCUGUAGCCAACUGGAAGGGGGCUCAGGCACCUGGGCAGGCUCCUCCCUGAGACGGACCCUCAGCUUCAUCUUGGGCAUGACCGGAAAGGCCAAGACCCGGGAAAAAGAGAAAAUGAAGGAAGCCAAGGACGCCCGCUAUACCAACGGGCACCUCUUCACCACCAUCUCCGUUUCGGGCAUGACCAUGUGCUAUGCCUGUAACAAGAGCAUCACAGCCAAGGAGGCCCUCAUCUGCCCAACCUGCAAUGUGACUAUCCACAACCGCUGUAAAGACACCCUCGCCAACUGUACCAAGGUCAAGCAGAAGCAACAGAAAGCUGCCCUGUUGAAGAACAACACUGCCUUGCAGUCUGUUUCACUUCGCAGUAAGACCACCACUCGGGAGCGGCCCAGCUCUGCCAUCUACCCCUCCGACAGCUUCCGACAGUCCCUGCUUGGCUCCCGCCGUGGCCGCUCCUCCUUGUCUUUAGCCAAAAGUGUUUCCACCACCAACAUUGCUGGACACUUCAACGAUGAGUCUCCCCUGGGGCUGCGCAGGAUCCUCUCCCAGUCCACAGACUCCCUCAACAUGCGGAACCGGACCCUGUCAGUGGAGUCCCUCAUCGACGAAGGUGCAGAGGUGAUCUACAAUGAGCUGAUGAGUGACUUUGAGAUGGAUGAGAAGGACUUUGCAGCUGAUUCCUGGAGCCUUGCUGUGGAUAGCAACUUCUUGCAGCAGCAUAAAAAGGAGGUGAUGAAGCAGCAGGAUGUCAUUUAUGAGCUGAUCCAGACAGAGCUACACCAUGUGCGGACCCUGAAGAUCAUGACCCGCCUCUUCCGCACGGGGAUGCUGGAAGAGCUACAGCUGGAGCCAGGAGUGGUCCAGGGCCUGUUCCCCUGCGUGGACGAACUCAGUGACAUCCAUACACGCUUCCUCAGCCAGCUGUUAGAACGCCGACGCCAGGCCCUGUGCCCUGGCAGCACCCGGAACUUCGUCAUCCAUCGCUUGGGUGACCUGCUCAUCAGCCAGUUCUCAGGUCCCAGCGCAGAGCAGAUGCGGAAGACCUACUCGGAGUUCUGUAGCCGCCACACCAAGGCCUUAAAGCUCUAUAAGGAGCUAUAUGCCCGAGACAAACGCUUCCAGCAGUUCAUCCGGAAAGUGACCCGCUCGGCCGUGCUGAAGCGGCAUGGUGUACAGGAGUGCAUUCUACUGGUGACUCAGCGCAUCACCAAGUACCCAGUGCUCAUCAACCGGAUCCUGCAGCAUUCCCACGGGAUCGAGGAGGAGCGCCAGGACCUGACGACGGCACUGGGGCUGGUGAAGGAGCUGCUGUCCAACGUAGACCAGGAUGUGCACGAGCUGGAGAAAGGGGCCCGCCUGCAGGAGAUCUACAACCGUAUGGACCCUCGGGCCCAGACCCCGGUGCCUGGCAAGGGCCCUUUUGGCCGAGAGGAGCUUCUGCGGCGCAAGCUCAUCCACGAUGGUUGCCUGCUCUGGAAGACAGCUACUGGGCGCUUCAAAGAUGUGCUCAUGCUGCUGAUGACAGAUGUGCUGGUAUUUCUCCAGGAGAAGGACCAGAAGUACAUCUUUCCUGCCCUGGACAAGCCCUCGGUGGUGUCACUGCAGAAUCUAAUCGUGCGGGACAUCGCCAACCAGGAGAAGGGGAUGUUUCUGAUCAGCGCGGCACCCCCUGAGAUGUAUGAGGUCCACACGGCAUCCCGGGAUGACCGGAGCACCUGGAUCCGCGUCAUUCAGCAGAGCGUGAGAGUAUGCCCAUCCAGGGAGGACUUCCCCCUGAUUGAGACAGAGGAUGAGGCUUACCUGCGGCGUAUCAAGAUGGAGCUGCAGCAGAAAGACCGGGCACUGGUGGAGCUGCUGCAGGAGAAGGUUGGGCUGUUUGCCGAGAUGACCCACUUCCAGGUGGAAGAGGAUGGCGGCAGCGGGAUGCCCCUGCCCACCCUGCCCAGGGGGCUUUUCCGCUCUGAGUCCCUCGAGUCCCCUCGUGGCGAGCGGCUGCUGCAGGAUGCCAUCCGUGAGGUGGAGGGCCUGAAAGACCUGCUGGUGGGGCCUGGAGUGGAGCUGCUCUUGACACCCCGGGAACCAGCCCUGUCCAUGGAACCGGACAGCGGUGGUAACACGAGUCCUGGAGUCACUGCCAAUGGUGAGGCCAGAACCUUCAAUGGCUCCAUUGAGCUCUGCAGAGCUGACUCAGACUCCAGCCAGAAGGAUCGAAAUGGAAAUCAGCUGAGAUCUCCCCAGGAGGAAGCAUUGCAGCGAUUGGUCAAUCUCUAUGGACUUCUACAUGGCCUGCAGGCGGCUGUGGCCCAGCAGGACACUUUGAUGGAAGCCCGGUUCCCUGAGGGCCCGGAGCGGCGGGAGAAGCUGACCCGAGCCAACUCCCGUGAUGGGGAGGCUGGCAGAGCUGGGGCUGCCCCUGUGGCUCCUGAAAAGCAGGCUACAGAACUGGCAUUGCUGCAGCGGCAACAUGCGCUGCUGCAGGAGGAGCUACGGCGCUGCCGACGCCUCGGCGAAGAGCGGGCGACGGAGGCUGGCAGCCUGGAAGCCCGGCUCCGAGAGAGCGAGCAGGCCCGCGCCCUGCUGGAGCGGGAGGCUGAAGAGGCUCGCAGGCAGCUGGCCGCCUUGGGCCACACGGAACCACUCCCGGCUGAGGCCCCCUGGGCCCGGCGGCCUCUGGAUCCGAGGCGGCGUAGCCUCCCUGCAGGCGAUGCCCUGUACUUGAGUUUCACCCCCCCACAGCCCAGCCGAGGCCAUGACCGUCUGGAUUUGCCUGUGACUAUUCGCUCCGUCCAUCGACCCUUUGAGGAUCGAGAGAGGCAGGAGCUGGGCAGCCCCGAUGAGCGGCUGCAAGAUAGCAGUGACCCCGACACCGGCAGCGAGGAGGAAGGUAGCAGCCGUCUGUCUCCGCCCCAUAGUCCACGAGACUUCACCCGAAUGCAGGACAUCCCAGAAGAGACUGAGAGCCGCGACGGGGAGCCUGUAGCUUCAGAGAGCUAAGGGGGCCCCUCCCCCCACCCCGUGUCCCCCUGAAGAACAUUACUGAGGGAGGCAAACCUGGGGACUCCAAUCUGCCAAUGACGAGGGAACAUUUGAAAGAACUGCUGAUUGUCCUUGCCAGCUCUUGGGAUCCUUGGACAUGGGGGGGCCAUUUAGGAAGCUGGGGGUAUUAGGCCACAGUGCCCCCUGGUGGCAUCCAGAAGCUACACUGCAGAUGCCAAUUUUUCAUGCCUUCUUCCCUCUACUUUAGGAAAAUUUAUUUAUUUAUUGUUUAUUAGUUAUGGAGGGAGAGGGGAGAUUUAGAGGACCAGGGACAUGGGAACCAAGCCAUAGGGAUCAGGGGGCCUUGUCCUUUAACACUACUGGGGUUUAUUCAGGCUUAACCAUGCAACUGCUGGGUUCUAGCCCUGACACCCCUCCUGAGCAACACCCAUCUUUGAGGAGAGGCUGCAGCCAUAAGACCCUACUGCCCCUUCAGGAAGGGCUGUGGUCAGGGCCAUGUCCCUCUCCCCUUCCCCUCAACCUCUUACUGCUGUUCUCCCUUCUCUCUGUCUUCUAUGGAAACCCCAGGGAGAUAACCUGGCUUCCUAGAGUUGAUGGAAUACAGGUUGAGGUGGCCGUAAAGGUUUGUUGGGGGGUGAGGGGAAGAACUCACAGGGACCAGAAUGUUUCUUUGUUGUUGUUGUUUUCUUUUUUGUACCAAAGCCAACUGCACGUGUUUUAUAUUUUUAAGAGAAGAUUGUAGGCAAUUAGAAAUCGCAGCCUUCUAUCUCUACAUCUCAGAAGAACUCGAGGGAUGGGGGGAACAAUGACUUCUCCACUCAUCUAUAGUACUGGGGGACCCAUUUUGACCUCUUCCCCAGCCAUUUGGCAAAACAGUUCUUGGGUGAGUUGGGAAAUCUCUACAAACCCUGACCUCAUCCCCCACCUCAGCAACCAUGACCUGAAACCUCUGCGUGAAUUUGGGGGAUUUUUCAAUGGACCUCCCCCCGCUCCCCAGUGCCUGCCAGCCCCAGCCAGUUUUCUGCAAAUUUGAUUGUUAAAAAAAAAAAAAAAAAAAAAAAAGAAAAGAAAAAAAGAGAAAAGGAAAAAAAAGAUAAAACAGGGAAAAUUAAAGUCCUGGAACCCCAGGAAGUACUGUCUGUUAAUGUCUGCCAGUUCUGAGGGUGCUGGUGAGGGGGAGAGCCAGGCAAUGACGUGUGUUCCUCCCAAAAGAGCCUCUUCCUCUCCCAGGAAGGGUGACUGCCUCCCUGAAGACAGGGGGUGCUAACAAAAGAAACUGUUGCCAACCUUUUUUUGUUAUCAUCUUUGACGCUCACAAAUACAAGGAUAAUAAUGAAGGGGCUCUUAGGUUCCAGUGGCUGUUGGAGGUUCCAACAUUAAAAAACUUGUUUUCAUCUCA